AGUAGAGAAAAACAGACAGACAGAGAGGAGGGAGAGACAGACUUCAUCACUGACUCCAGAUCUGAGGACAAACUCGGCUGAAAAACCACUCACACAAAUUCAAACAGUUCAGUAAUGCCCUUAUCAGCCCCUCCCCUCUUCUCCCUUCCUCUUCUCCUUCUCCUUUCUCAACUGGACUCCGCCCUCACCUGUCGUACUGCCAGCCAAUCCCWRUGUGACUCCGCMCCMUUUGUCCCCGGUCACAACCUGGCAGGGGAGGGGUUUGACGUGGUGACCCUGAAACGUAAAGGGGCCUACCUGAUAGACCUGAAGACCUACCUGUCCCCCAGUAAAACCUGUACACUGUGUAGUAACCCCCUACAGGGGAACGAGCUGCAGAAAAUACCCCUGUCUGUUGUAGACUGGAGGCCCUACAGCCACUGUACUGAGGAUAUCUCCAGCCACUCUCAUGCCUCUGUCAGUAACCUGGCACAGUCCACUACCAACGAGAUCUCUACAAAAUGGAAGGGGGGUUUUGGUUAUGAGGCGAAGGUGUCUGUAAGCGUACCUGUGGGACCGGUGAUCGUGAGUGUGGCGAAGGAUGUGGGCGCUAGCAUAGAGAUGGGAGGGUCCCAGUCUGAUGUAGCCAUCUUUGCCACAACCAAGACCAAAGAGGACCGCCACUCUUUCUUCUCACAGAAUCUCCGCUGCCGUCACUAYAGUUAUCGCACGCCAAACACUCCAACUCUCAGCGAUGAGUUCCGUAAGGACAUUGCUCGUCUGGGCUCAUACUCUAAGACCUCUAAGGCCCAGUACCGCCGGCUCAUAGACACCUAUGGGACUCACUACAUCCGCCAGGUUGACCUGGGAGGCAGGCUGACGAUGACCACAGCAAUACGCACCUGUCAGGCUUCACACAGUGGCCUCUCUACAAACCAGGUGGAAUCCUGCUUGUCCAGGGGCUUUCAGGUAAACAUUGGGAUGUCAGUUUCCUCUAGCGACGAAAGGUGCUCCAAAGUUCUGGACAACCGUGACUCGCAGACCUCCUUCAGCUCUAGCUUCCUCAGCCACCACACCAAGGUGGUGGGAGGCUCUGGUUGGCCGGGCGAGCUGUCACUCAACCGUAACGACUCAGUGGGAUUCCAUAGUUGGAUGAGAACCUUGAAGAACUUCCCGGACGUAAUCUACUAUUCUCUAACGCCUCUGCACCUGCUCAUACCCAACACGGCUGUCCAGCAGGGAGUGAAGGAGGCUGUCCAGGAUUACCUGAAGGAGAACGCCCUCCCGAAGAGCACCGGGGAACUGUCCUGUGGGGAUCGUUACUCUAAUCUGGACUCAAACUGCUGCCUCAGGAAGGUCUCGCAGGGAAGACUGGUGGUGACGGUGGUCAGAGCCUGGGAACUUUAUGGAGACAUCCAAUGGAUAGCGGGAGACACUGAAGGGUACGCUGUGGUCACCUACGGUUCCAAGUCCCAUAAGACCAAUGUGAUUCCGUCCAACAAUCCUGUCUGGAAUGCUACCUUUGACAUGGGUCCCUUUGACAAAGACCUGAGUCUAAAUGUGGCUGUCUGGGAUGACGAUCCUGUGGAUAAGGAUGACAACCUGUUGGGCUGUACCUUCGACCUCGAGCAGGGAACACACGAACGCUGGUGUAACAAAAGCGGGGGAGGCUUUUAUUUACUGUACACCCUCACCUGUGACCCUUACCUGAUCGGGGACAAGUGUGAAAAAUACAAACCUUUCAAAGUCACAGCACACAAACCUUCCACCCCCACAGUACACUCUACUCCACUCUACAGUAAGAGUGUGCAUCUCUUUUCUACCUUUUCUGUCCAGAGUUCAGUACUCCUAUACCUAUGGUUCUUUUACAUCUCUGUAUAAUGUACCCCUCACAACACACUGGAGUAAAUUCAUUCCAGGCGGUGGGUCUGUUGCCUGUACAGCUCACCAGGAACCACGUUGAAAACCAGGGGAAUCAUUAGAAUAUGUUUUCCCCUGGGUGGUACUCGGUGCAUCUUUCUCCCCCUCAAUCUUCCAACCAUGUCUUUAUAUGUCAUGUAUAAUCAGGGAGGAUAUAGGGUUCAGCUGACUAUAUAAUGAUUAUUCACACCAAAGCUUGUCUGUGACCUAAACAAAUUACAUUGUACCUUAUAUUUGCAUGGCGGCUGUCAAACGAUUAAAAUACUAUAUGUGUAAAUAUGAAAAUUGAUAGAGCUACUCUAUAGCCACUGCUUUUAACAGUUUCUUUAUUCAGUCUGGACUAGAUGUGGGGCAAAAGUUGACAGUGAGCGAGUUAUUUAACACCCAAUGCGAAGACUCACUCUAAAUGUUUGAUAUGAUUCUACUGGAGGUGAAAGUUUGAAAACCUCUAAAGUCAAAGAUGUCUAUGGUUUUGAUAAUGUGUUCUUUAAAACACUUAAUGAUAUUUAAACAUCACCAAUAACACAUCAAAUUAAUCUAUCCAUAAACCAAGGUAUCAUCCCAAGGGAAUGGAAGUCAGCUGCUGUUACCACCAUGUUCAAGUCUGGAGAUUGUUUUAAGGUCAAUAAUUAUAGACCUAGAAGUAUUUCGCCAAUUGUUUCAAAGGCUGCAGAGAGAGGGUAGUUGCUGAGCAAUUGACUGGUCCCUUGAAUACUAGUGAUUUCUCAUUGUAACCCAUGCAAUUCGGCUUCAGAGAUGGUCUUUUUUGGAGAAGGUUUAAAUACAAAUUUGACAAAGGUGAAGUGGUAGGAGCUGUGUUUUAUAUAUUUUCUAAAAGCAUUUGACACUGUAAAUCACAGAAUACUACUCUCUAAACUAGCAAAGUAAAAUUUCUUACCCAAUGCUUUAAAAUUAAUGUAUUAGUUUAUCUUACAGAAUACAGUGUUUGAAUCAAGCAGAAAGUCUAAUUGUCUGGCAACUGCACAAUGGGGUCCCACAAGGAUCUGUUUUAGGGCCUUUACACUUUAGCUUAUACAGUGGGGAGAAGAAGUAUUUGAUACACUGCCGAUUUUUCAGGUUUUCCUAUUUACAAAGCAUGUAGGGG